AAUUUUCCCAAACAAACCCUUCAAGUGUUAUUAAAGUUGGUUACAAGCCGGAAUUAGGGAGAUUGGAUUCGCUAGCACUUUAUAGUUCAAUGCUUGACCAAUCACAAUCAGCAGCCUGCUCUGAGAAUAAUGGGCGUGGUCCAUGCAGUACAUUUUGUCUGCCUAAAAACACCGGAUACAAGUGUGCAUGCGAAGACAACGUAGCACUAAAAAGUGAUGGCAAAACAUGUGAAAAUGUUGAACUGCGGACAACAACUACUUCUACUAUUCCUACUACAACUACUCCUACUACUACAACUACUACUACUCCUACUACUACUAAAACUACUACUACUCCUACUACUAAAACUACUACUACUCCUACUACUACAACAACUACUACUACUACAACUACUCCUACUCAUACUAGUACACCUACGCCUACAACUACAACUACUCCUACUACUACAACUACUCCUACUACUAAAACUACUACUACUCCUACAACUACAACUACUCCUACUACUACAACUACUCCUACUACUACAACUACUACUACUCCUACUACAACUACUACUACCACUACAACUACUACUACUCCUCCUACUACAACUACUACUACUAACCCAUCAGAAGAUUCAACUAGAUACCCAAAAACAACACAAUCUUCAUCGGAAGUGCCAACGACUUCGCCAAAAACGACCCCGUCAACAUCAAAACCGCUACCGAUUGCGGCUAUUGGUGGGGCCAAUGCCGGGUUUGCAGUCUUGAUCAUUGUCAUAAUUGUCCUAGUUUGUGUUAUCGUUAAAAGGCGCAACAAUAAUGGAAACAAAGGCGGUGACAGUGUGAGUUAUAAUCAUUUUGCUUCUGACAUAGCCUUUUUGACACCGCCUGCUGAUAGCCCAAACAGACCUGAUUCAACUUAUGAUGUUAUAGGCGGCUUUGAUGAGCUGGAAAACAAGAAAAAUCAAGAGAGUGAAUACACGAAUGUGUAUGAGCAGUUAAGCUUCAAGAGGAAAGACGUUCCAACAAGCGAGUUUAGACCAUCAGCAUUUCCAAACGUCUAUGAAGACAUGCAUGAGUCUACAAUGAUUACAAGUGGUGUACUGCAAGAUGAUUACUUGCAGCCAUCUCAUGUAAAUCCAAGUUUCUCCUCCGAUGAUGCCGACUUCAAUAACCCUGUUUAUUUAGAUGAAUAGAAGUGUCACAAACCCAAAACUCCAAUUUUCUAACAUCAACAGAUCUACAACAAGCUAAGCAAAUAAUAAACACAGGAAUCGCGAGUUUUGAGCCCUAGUUCGAGUGAAAAUGAUAUUUUUUAUAACUUGUUUUUGUCAUAGGUCUCUCCAGGUCAAGGGACAAUUGAAAACAUUGUGUAUACACGGUAUUAAAUUUGCCUGAAGUCAGUGACGUAAUUGUUUGAAUAAUCUUGAUACUUAAUCGGAUUAAAUCAUGUUGAAGCGAAUAGUAAAUAUUUUAACAACUGUAUAAUUUAACCAGUUAACAAGGUGAUGUUUUGUUAGAGAACUUUUUUAUUCUUUCACCAUAUGAACUUGUGUUAGUUAAUUAGGAGAAUCAGAUACAGAUAUUGCUUAAGCUUUGUUCUUCAGUAAUACCCUUAAUGGUAUGAAAAGAACAUUUCACUUCAGUAAUUAUGUAUACAUUUUGUACAUUUGUUGAUUAAAAAGCCCUUACAUUAUUGAUAGCAAAGAGGGUUGAUGUAAAAAUAGUUAGCACUAUGUAUUGUAUAUUAAGAUGUAUGUAUGAAUUAUACCAAACACACGCGUUGGUUAUUUUACCAAUCUAUACACAUGAUUUUUUAACCUUUGUUUAUUUUUGUAUUUUAAUGUUUUAUUGCCAUUUCAAAUAAGUUGAAAGAUCAAUGUUUAAAUCAAUAGAUGACUUUUUUCUCUAUGUAGCGAUAUUUUUUAUUCAAUUAUAUUAUAAUACGAGUGUAACAAUUAACCUUCUUAUCAAAGCAAUUAUAUAUGGCACAAAUGAUAAGUUAGAAGGAUGGUAACUUUUACGAUCGGAUCUACUAGUCUAAUAUUCCGAUCGUGUCUCAUUUUACUAGUCUGAGAUUCCAUUCUGUUUAUCCAAUUAAAGGUACAUAAUGCCUCAGAAACAAAUAAAUUUUAUCUUCUUUUGAAAGGACAAACAUGAAUCUUGUUACCUGAAGAUAAAUGUGAAAUAACUUGUCAUAAAUGUAUCAAAGUGAAAACAAAAUAGUUCUUGACUUCAAUACAAAAUACUCAUUCAGUUAAAUUAUAUAUAUUGUCAAAAAGCAACAUGUAAAAAUAAUUGUUCGGGUGAUUGGCCAAUGAGUAACUACUAUUGACACUGUAAAAGUACAAGAACAUUAAAAAGCUUUGAGACAUAAACAUAAAGAAUUUUUUGAGGUAAGAUGGACCUUUAAGAAAUGAAUGUUAUUAUUGAGCAUGAGAUUUAUUUUGAACAAUUUAUGGUUUAUCUUAAGUGACAUGUCGUUUGAACUAUUCGGAGAUUUUUUGUAAUAUAACGGGAUCUUUUUAGUAACAUAAUUUUUAGAAUUUUGUAUAUAAUUUUUAAGACUAUAUUCAAAUGUUUGAAAUGAUGUGUCUUUUUGUAAUAUAAAGUGAUCUUCUUAGUAAGAUAUUUUUAGAGUUUUGUAUAAUUUUAAUGUGUAUGAUCCAAGACUAUAUAUUCAAAUUUUGAGAUGUUAAUAUAUAUGUUGUAUUUGUACAUGUACAUGCGUCGCCUUUGUGAACUUCAUGGAACAAGAAUGUGGUGUAUUUAUAAUGCUAAUAAAACGACUGUAAUCGUAA